AUGGCAACAAUGGCACAAAAAGAGAUUGUCCCACCCAUGAAACGGUUUCGACGUGACGAACUUGCUGAUCCCACAAAUCCUGAACCAUCUCUCGUUGUUCAUGUUCGCAACCUAAAGCCAAAGGCUACGGAGGCGGAUUUGAUAGAAGCCCUUGGAACGUUCGGAUUGAUUGCAUACGUAACUGUCAUUCCGGCACAGAAGAUGGCAUUGGUGGAAUUUGAAGAUAUAGAAGGUAAUCUUAACACGCCUAUGAGCGUACUCACCAACAGGACACGGUUCAGAGACCAGUGCCGCCCAAGAGCCAGCGCUCUGUUCAACUACUCUACCUCGCAGAAUAUACAACGCCUGGGUUUCGAAUCAGAAAAUCCUUGCAAAGUGCUCGUCAUUACGGUGUAUAACGCACAGUAUCCCAUUGAUGUCCAUGUUAUCCACCAAAUCUGCGAACCCCAUGCAAAAGUGCUGAGGAUAGCGAUAGUUCGCAAAUCCAUGAUGCAAGCCUUGGUUGAAUUUGAAAGUGCCGAAGAUGCAAAGAAAGUCAAGCAUGCUAUCAAUGGUGCCGACAUCUAUUCAGGAUGUUGUACACUGAAAGUGGAAUUCGCAAAGCCGGAAUAUGUGAAGGUUACUCGUCAAGAUGGAGAUCAGUGGGACUACACGAUCGGUGAAGGAGGACAUAUUGGAUUUCCCGAGCCCCGAAUCAAAGGAAAACUCUCUUGCCUGGAGGAGACUACACGUGGCGGGUACGACUCCUACGGUGGACCACCUCGAGGAUAUUUAGGGCGCGGUGCUCUUCGUCCUCCGGUUACGGGUUAUCCCGGAGACUAUGGCGAUGAUGCUGGGCGCUAUCCUCCUCUCGGCGGAACUGGUUGUGUACUGAUGAUUUAUGGCAUUGAUCAUGAAAAGCUUAAUUGCGAGAAGUUGUUCAAUUUGUUGUGUCAAUAUGGAAAUGUUCUUAGAAUUCGAUUCAUGGCUACAAAGAAAGAUACAGUAAUGGCUGAACUAGGAACUCCUACAGCGGUCAGCAACGCCAUAAAGUAUCUUCAAGGAAUACAACUUUUCGGAUUGACGCUGCAAUUGAAGCUAAGCAUUCAGCCUGCUGUGAGAGAAGUGACAGAUCCCUUUGAUCUACCUGAUGGCUCCCCAUCGUUCCGUGAUUAUUCUAUGUCCGCCCUACAACGCUUCUCUACACCUGAUGCCGCUGCCCGUAAUCGACUCAUAUACCCCACGAAAACGCUGCAUUGGUACAAUGCUCCCGUUAAUAUGGAUGAGGAGAAAAUUAGGCAGCGGCAUCAGACCCCGUAUAUUGUGAAGUUGGCCUAUGCGACUCCAUCGCGACGACAUGGUGAUGGUACGGAGGAAGGAGGUGAAAAUGGUGCCGGAGGCCCACCACGAGGAGAGUAUCAGUUUGUUGUGAUUUCAUGCUUUGAUAAAAGAUUUGUCGUUCGACUUUCACAUGUGGAAGUGACUAUAUGA